UGGGGCCCUGCCUCCUUUCGCCGGGCGAAUCGCGGGGCCAGUUUCAGGUCCGGUUACUGGUGUCCCAGCCCUUGCCGCCGCUGGGCACCCUGGGAUAGCAGCGUGCUCUCCGAUCUUGGCCCCUUUCCAAGCACUCCUGAUGCCUCAUUUGCCUCUGACCUCUUUUCGACAACCACUUUGUGAGCUGAGGUGCUCAUGGUGCCUCCCCAGGUCCCAUCCCUUUUCCUUCCAGUCAGAGGCGCAUGGAUCCCCCAUCUUCCGGAGAAACCGUGAAGCCAAACAGAAACGCCUGCAAGAGAAGCAGGAGGCGCUGGAGGCUGGGUUAGCCCGGAGGAGCAAGUCACCUGCAGAAUCCAGUAAGGCCUGGACUCCUAAAGAAAUAGUGUUGUAUGAAAUCCCCACGGAACUUGGUGAAAAGAAAGAUGUCUCCCAGCCCCUGCCUCCUGCAUACAGCCCCCGAUUUGUUGAGGCUGCCUGGUACCCUUGGUGGGUGAGAGAGGGCUUCUUCAAACCAGAAUAUCAGACCAGGCUACCCCAGGCCACUGGGGAGACCUUUUCCAUGUGUAUCCCACCUCCUAAUGUCACCGGCUCCCUGCACAUUGGGCAUGCACUGACGGUGGCCAUCCAGGAUGCUCUCGUGCGCUGGCACCGGAUGCGUGGGGAUCAGGUGCUAUGGGUCCCUGGCUCAGAUCAUGCAGGAAUUGCUACCCAAGCUGUGGUGGAAAAACAGCUGUGGAAGGAACGAGGAGUGAGGAGACAUGAACUAAACAGGGAAGACUUCCUCAGGGAGGUGUGGAAGUGGAAGGAGGAGAAAGGUGGAGAGAUCUGUGGGCAGCUCCGAGCUCUAGGGGCCUCCCUGGACUGGGACCGAGAGUGUUUUACUAUGGAUGCUGGUGCCACAGUGGCUGUGACAGAAGCUUUCGUGCGACUCCACAAAGCAGGGUUGUUAUACCGGGGCCGGCAGCUUGUCAACUGGUCAUGCGCUUUAAGAUCAGCCAUCUCGGAUAUUGAGGUAGAGAGUCGGUCCCUGCCUGGCCGCACGGAGCUUCGACUGCCUGGCUGCCCCACCCCUGUGUCUUUUGGCCUCCUCAUUUCUGUGGCCUUCCCCGUGGAUGGAGAGCCUGAUACAGAGGUUGUGGUAGGAACCACGAGGCCAGAGACGUUGCCUGGAGACGUGGCUGUGGCUGUUCAUCCCGAUGAUGCCCGAUACACACACCUACAUGGACGGCAGCUUCGUCACCCUUUAACAGGACAGCUUCUUCCCCUCAUCACAGAUUCUGCUGUCCAGCCACAUGUGGGCACAGGGGCGGUGAAGGUGACUCCAGCUCACAGCCCUGCUGAUGCUGAGCUGGGGGCCCGGCAUGGCUUGAACCCCCUGAGCGUCAUUGCGGAGGAUGGGACCAUGACCUCCCUCUGUGGAGACUGGCUGCAGGGCCUUCACCGAUUCGUGGCCCGGGAAAAGAUUAUGUCUGCACUGAGGGAGCGGGGCCUGUUCCGGGGCCUCCAGAACCACCCCAUGGUGCUGCCCAUUUGCAGCCGUUCUGGGGACGUGGUAGAAUACCUACUAAAGAGCCAGUGGUUUGUCCGCUGCCGGGAGAUGGGAGACCGAGCUGCCCAGGCUGUACAGUCGGGAGCCCUGGAGCUCAGCCCGUCCUUCCACCAGAAGAACUGGCAGCACUGGUUUUCCCACAUUGGGGACUGGUGUGUCUCCCGGCAGCUGUGGUGGGGCCAUCGGAUUCCAGCCUACCUGGUUGUAGAAGAUUCUGUGAAGGGUGACAGGGAGGACUGUUGGGUGGUUGGGCGGACGGAGGCCGAGGCUAGAGAAGUAGCAGCAGAACUGACAGGGAGACCAGGGGCAGAGCUGACCCUCGAGAGGGACCCCGAUGUCCUGGACACAUGGUUCUCUUCAGCUCUUUUCCCCUUUUCUGCCCUGGGCUGGCCCCAAGAGACUUCAGAUUUCACUCGUUUCUACCCUCUGUCACUUUUGGAAACCGGCAGUGACCUCCUCCUGUUCUGGGUGGGCCGCAUGGUCAUGUUGGGGACCCAGCUCACAGGGCAGCUCCCCUUCAGCAAGGUGCUGCUUCACUCCAUGGUUCGGGACAGGCAGGGCCGGAAGAUGAGCAAGUCCCUGGGGAAUGUGCUGGACCCACGGGACAUCAUCACUGGGGUGGAGCUGCAGGUGCUACAGGAAAAGCUGAGGGAUGGAAACUUGGACCCCGAAGAGCUGGCGAUUGCAGCUGCAGCACAGAAAAACGACUUCCCUCAUGGGAUCCCUGAAUGUGGGACAGAUGCCUUGAGAUUUGCCCUGUGCUCCCAUGGGGCCCUGGGGGGUGACUUAAACUUGUCUGUCUCUGAAGUCUUGAGCUCUCGACAUUUCUGCAACAAGAUCUGGAAUGCCCUGCGUUUUAUCCUUAAUGUCCUAGGGAAGAAAUUCAUACCCCAACCUGCAGAGGAGCUGUCCCCUUCAUUCCCCAUGGAUGCUUGGAUCCUGAGCCGCCUGGCCCACACUGCCCAUGAGUGUGAGCGAGGCUUUCUCACCCGAGAGCUCUCGCUUGUUGCCCACGCCCUGCACCACUUCUGGCUCCACAGCCUCUGUGAUGUCUACUUGGAGGCCUCGAAGCCUGUGCUGUCGCACUCGCCCUGCCCCACUGGGCCUCCUCAGGUCCUUUUCUCCUGCGCUGAUGUGGGUCUCCGCCUCCUCGCCCCACUGAUGCCUUUCCUGGCUGAAGAGCUCUGGCAGAGGCUGCCCCACAGACCUGGUGGCCCCCCAGCCCCCAGCAUCUCUGUUGCCCCCUACCCCAGUGCCCAAAGCUUGGAGCACUGGCACCAGCCCGAGCUGGAACGGCACUUCUCCCGGGUCCAAGAGGUUGUGCAGGCGCUGAGGGCUCUCCGAGCCUCCUACCAGCUCACCAAGGCCCGGCCCCGAGUGCUGCUGCAGAGCUCAGAGCCUGGAGAGCAGGGCCUCUUCGAAGCCUUCCUAGAGCCCCUGGGCACCCUGGGCCACUGUGGGGCCGUGGGCCUCUUACCCCCAGGUGCAGCGGCUCCCUCCGGCUGGGUCCAGGCCACACUCAGUGACACCACUCAGAUCUACAUGGAGCUGCAGGGCCUGGUGGACCCCCAGACCCAUCUACCUCUGCUAGCUGCCCGAAGACAUAAGUUGCAGAAACAGCUUGACAACCUUGUAGCCAAGACCCCAUCAGAGGGAGAGGUGGAGACUCAGAGGCAGCACAGGCUUUCUUCCCUCCAACUAGAAUUGUCAAAACUGGACAGAGCAGUCUCUCACCUCCGGCAGCUGAUGGACAUAUCUCCAGCCCCAGGGAAUCCUGAGCUCUCACUUCCCAUCCCUCGGUUUUCCUCCCUCCCACACCUGCUUUAGAGGACAAACUGAUUCAGCAGCUCUUGGCUCAAUGGGCCUCAGAGACCAUGUGAUCCACCUCCCUCAUUUUGUAAAUGAAGAAACAGACUAGUUUGGUCAGAGUGACUGUGGAUCACUUGAGAUACUCAGAGUCCUGUUCCAGCUUCCCUCCUGUGUAGUCCCACCUGGAAGUUUAGAAAUGAAGAAAUUCAGAUAAACUUUAAAAAUCUUA